GCAGCAGCAACAACAGCAGCAGCAGCAGGAGUCGCAGGGAGCCGACGGGCUGAUGCUGUACGCUGGGGGAGAGGAGUCCCGGGCGGAGGAGGACCCCGGCCCCGGAUUCCGGGGGGAACGGUUCCCCAACUCCAUCUGGCAGAGGGGACCCGGCUCCGAGUCGGGGUUCCCCCACGCGGACCUCGAGUAUAACGGAAACUUCGGGGUUCCGCACCCUAUCCAGCCGCUUCAUCCCAGUCCAGGCCAUGGAGAGCAGCAGCAACAGCAGCAUCAACAACAACAACAACAGCAACAGCAACAGCAACAGCAGCAACAAUUCCAGAGCUACGAGCUGCACCACCACGAUUCCCCGUCCUUCCAGAACGGAAACGAGGGGGGCGGCGGGGGUCAACAGGGGGGAGCGCCCCCGACCCCGCCGUACCCGAGCCCGGGUCAUCGUCCUCCGUCUUCGAGCCCUGCCGUGGUGGUCCCGAACGGGACGCCGCUCUACGGGUUGAGCAGCCCGAACGGGACGGUCCACCCUAGUCAGAUCUCGCCUCACCACGGGACGCUCUACGACCGCGGGAAAAACCCGCGGGUCGAGCCGGCCUUCAAAUCCCCGGCCGGUCACCCAAACGUGAACCCUGGGGUCCCGUUGGAAACGGGCAAUCGAGUUCGGGCAAUUGAGUUCGUCGGCGGGCAAUUGAGUUCAUCGGGACCUCUCGGACUGGAGAUGGGCCCGUUCUACUCGCACCUGGGCCACGCCCCGACCCUGGCCCGGCUGCGCCAGGUGAUGGAGGAGCGGACCGGGGUCACGGGCGCCGCGCUGCGCUUCGAGAAGCUCAUCUAUACGGGCAAGGAGGGGAAGACCAAGUCCGGCUGCCCCAUCGCCAAAUGGAUCAUCCGGCGCUCCGGCCCGGAGGAGCAGUACCUCUGCGUGGUGAAGGAGCGGCCGGGCCACCAGUGCGAUGCAGCCUGGAUCGUGGUCAAUAUCGUCGCGUGGGACGGGGUGCCGCGGGACGUCGCGGAUCGCCUCUACGAUAUGUUGGUGGACAAGCUGACCAAGUACGGCGUCCCGAUGGCACGUCGGUGCGCGCUGAACGAGCCUCGAACGUGCGCGUGCCAGGGCCUGGAGGAGGAGACGAGCGGGGCGUCCUUCUCCUUCGGCUGCUCCUGGUCCAUGUUCUUCAACCAGUGCAAGUUCUCGAGGAGUCAGACGCCGAGGAAGUUCCGGUUGGCGGACCCGAGUCAGGAGCCGGAUUUGGAGGAAGAGCUACAGGAACUAGCGACGAGGGUGUCGCCGCUGUACGGGAGGGUGGCGCCGAGGGCGUUCGCGAACAUGACGAGGUACGAGGCGCGGGCCGGGGACUGCAGGCUGGGGUUGGCGCCGGGGAGGCCGUUCUCGGGGGUCACCGCCUGCGUCGACUUCUGUGCGCAUGCGCAUCGGGACAUCCAUAAUAUGAACAAUGGGUGCACGCUGGUGGUGACGCUGACGAAGCACCGCGAGGAGCAACACCGCGAGGACGAGCAGCUGCACGUGUUGCCGCUGUACGUGCUCGACCCGACGGACGAGCACGGGAGUCCCGAGGGUCAGCUGGAGAAGAUCCGCUCCGGGGCGGUGGAGUUACUGCAAAAGUACCACACUGAUCUCCACAUCCGAAACGUCCCCCUGGGUCCCUGUCGGCAGAGGAACUCCUGCGGGAAGCGAAAGAACCCCGAAGACCCGAUGGAGAGCGUGAAUGCUCUGCUGUCGCCCCGGCGCGGCCGCGGACGCGGUCGGGGGCGCGGUCGUGGACGGGGCCGGGGCCGGGGCCGGGGCGUGGCGUCCCUUGGCCUUCGACGGAGCCUGUCCUGGGACGACAGCCUGGACGCGAUCGAGCCGACGAUCGCCGACUGGACCUGCCUCGAAUCCGACGCGGUCGCGCUGAAUCGCCGCUUCCUGGAGUGUGUGGAUACCGACCUGGACUCUUACUGGAAAGGACCUCUACCUCAGUCACCCGUUGACCUCUCGAUGGAGUCUAGUCAUGAGCCGCUCAGACCUCCACCAGUGAGUCCCUCUCCCACGCCCCAUCCUCCCUUUCCCUUCCCUGCCUUCGGUCGUUGCUUCCAAGUGCCUGCCAGGGUGCCAGGCUGUGGAGGACAGUCCCCAAUCGAGCAGCUCUCUCAUCCCUUCCCAGUGACGCCGCAGUCGGCUGACCGUCUUCCCUCCUUCGAGACGCUCAAGUCCCCCCAGCAGUCGUACGGUGCGUCUCCGCCGCAGCAUCAGGGGCGUCUGGACUUGACCCGUGACCCUCACUCCCGUCCCAGUUGUCACGAAGCCAUCCGCUUGGAUUCGAACAUGAAUCCGUUGUCGUUUCACACGUACUCUCAAAACCCAACCUCGUAUUCCCCCAAAACUCAUCACUCGCCGUCUGCUGUAAAUCCAUGCAUAGCAUCACCCAGAACUGCUCAGGUUGUAGAAGCUUCAUUACUGCAGCAGGUGAAAACAUAUCCAGGACUCAAUUUCAACAAUCCCACCAUCUGUUACAGUCCACAGCAAGUCUCCAUCCCACCAGGAACUCCCCCUGCCACUCCCAAGGCUCCCAUCAGAUCCCCAGGGAUCUCCCCCCUUGGCGAUCACUCCCCAAUGUUUCAAGGAUCCCGUCACCUGGGCCAUUCCGACUGGAUGCCCUCUGCUGGUACCGCCUAUGAGGCAGGUACUUUCUCUGGAAGGCUCCAUCACCCCGAGACGCCUCCAGGAACUCCCCAAUACGUGCAAGUUCAAAGACCCUGCCUGACGUCGUUCCCUCAACCAGCAUCUCUCCAUCUUUCGUCCCCAAGGACCAAUCAGACAAACGUGCCCAGAGCUGCUCAGGCUUCUCCCAGAAGCAAUUUCGAUUCGCCUCCUCCAAGAAUCCAUCCCAUGGCAUCGCCCAGAACCCCCCAGUCUUCUCCUGGAACAUAUCACCUUAUGCCUUCACUCAACACACCUCAGCACUUGAUUUCUCCUGCAAACCACCAGCAGUUCCAUUCAGCCGGCACUCCACAGUGCCUGUCUUUUCCUGAUACACCUUCGCCUGCUGCUCCCCGGUGCUCAUAUUCAAGCACCCACCCCCAGUUCUCAAGUGGGACCAACGAGCAAUCGCCAUCGCCUGGAACUCCACAGCAAUUAUCUUUGCUCCAAAUUCCACAGCAAGUUUCACCUCAAACUCCACAGCAGUUAUAUUCACCCCAAACUCCACAACACUUGGCCUCACCCCGAACUCCCCAGCAGUUAGCUUCACCUCACACUCCACAACACUUAUAUGUACCAAGAUUCCAUCAGCAACUGUCACCUGAAACACCUCCACACGCUUCGGUUCAAAGUCGUCAGCAGUUCCAUCCGCAUGGAAUGCCUCAGCUGCAUUCCCCCAGAACCUCCUUCCCCAUGCAAGAUCAAAGAACCCAGCGGCUAUCUGGAACCCAUCAGCAAUCGCCUUCGUACAGAACAGAGUUUCAGUCUCUUCUCUCACCUGCCAUCACACCCUUGCAACAGCACCACUCAUCUCGGUAUGUGCACGCAGAAUCUCCACAGCAGCAGGCCCCAAAUGAAGAAUCAAAAGACGGUUGCCUUGCAACGCCUCCUCCCCACCCAAUCCCUUCCCCUUUCAAGAUCCCUGAAUCCCCUGCAAAGCCCACAAUCCAGACUGUGAGCAGUGACAAUGAAGAGAGUUUUUCCGACAUGGAGAUCGGUGGCGUGGCCCUGGCACUGAGCCACGGCUCCGUGCUGAUCGAGUGCGCCAAGCACGAGCUGCACGCCACGACGGCCCUCAAGAACCCCAACCGCCACCACCCGACUCGUAUCAGCCUCGUCUUCUACCAGCACAAGCAGUUGAACAACCCACAACAUGGCUGGUUCGAGUGGGAGCGCCGGUUGGAUGCCAAGCGCCGUAUUGACCGGGACCUCAUCCUGGACGGGAAGUUGGAGGCCUCGCCUCGAAAGGUGCAGCAGCUGCUCAAGGCAGGCCUCCUGGUCAAACAAGAUGAUGUUGCCUCUGUGCCUCACAGUGUGGUACCUGCUUUCCCCUCGUGGCCCGUCUACUGA